AUGAAGACCAUUGUAUUAGUCUCGUUUAUUUUGCAAUUAUUCCUUCUUAUUCAUUCAACUCCAAUAAUUGAAAAUAAUAUUCAAAGAACAUCUCCAUUCAAAUUAAAAAUUAAACAACACAAUUCCUCUCAAAUUAUCAAUAAAUUUUCACAAAAAAUUAAUCAAACUAAAUUCAAAGAGAAAUUUGAUAAUGAAAAUGAUCUGAAAGUGAAAUUAUUCGAUAAUGAAUUAAAAUUACAAUUACAUAAUCGUAUUAAAAAAAAUGUGAUUCCAUCGGCAACAGUUAUUUGUUACGAUACAAAUUCAAAUAAUGGGUAUAAUAUGGAAAAUUGUAAUAAUCUCGAAGGACAGCAAAUUUUGACAAUACCACCACAAGGAACAAUACAAGUACCACAAAAUCCUCAACAAAAUAUACGUGGUCUAUUGAUAAAUUGUUUACUUCCUCAGAAUCUUUUUGAAAAUUUACAAAGUACAAAAAUUACUCAAGUUCCUGUACCACAACAACAGAGUGUCAACGUUUGGAACAUUCCGAAUGAUUUGGGCAGUCAGGCACAAUUUCCACAAGAAGUUAUUUAUCAACAACAACAACAGCAGCAACCACAACAACUGCAACUACAGCAACUGCAACUGCAACCGCAACCACAAUCUACAGUAUUAUGCAAUCCGCAAACUAAUAAUUUUCCAAUAAAUGGCAAUUCAAAUUUACAACCUGGACUGCAGAUCAAUGAAGUGUCCCAAGGUGUCGUUCAAAAUUGUCUGACAAAUGAAGGACCUCAAUUCAAUAGUCAAGGAAUUUCUCUUCAAAACGCCAUUAAUAGUAAAACUUUCCUCAAUUGUUUGUUCCAAGCAAUGCAGAACAAUGGAAACCAAAAUAAUCAACAAACUCCCCAAGGUGGCGGUGGACUUCAAAAUCCUAAUCAAAACGGAAUUUUUAAUAAUCAACUUCCUCAACAACAAACACAACAACAAUUUCCUCCUAAUCCUCAACAAUCACAAUUUUCCCAAUCGUCACAAUUUCAACAACAAUUUCCCUCAAAUCCUAAUCAACAAUUUCCUCAACCACCACAAUUACAACAACAAUUUCCCUCAAAUCCUCAACAAUCACAAUUUUCCCAAUCGCCACAAUUUCAACAACAAUUUCCUCCAAAUCCUAAUCAACAAUUUCCUCAACCACCACAAUUACAACAACAAUUUCCUCCAGUUCCUCAACAACCACAACAACUUCAGCAAUCUCAAUUUUCCCAAUUACCACAAUUUCAACAACAAUUUCCCCAACAAAAUCAACAGCAAUUCCCUCCAAAUCCUCAACAAUUCCCUCAAUUACAACAACAAUACCAACAAAAUUUUCCCCCACAAGGAUACAAUUCACUUCCACAACAACCGAAUAGUCAAGGAAACAGAGGAUUUCCAUUUAAUUUAAAUCCAACGGGAAAUCAAAAUAAUAAAAAUGAUUUACCGCUUGAUCAAUUGAAUAGAACAAGUCAAGAAGCAUUGGAAGCAAUUCAGCAGAGAAAUUUUGGAAGAAACUUUAACUCACGUACAAAAUAAAAAGUGCGAGAUGAAAAAUCUAAUUUCUCCAUUGCAAAAUUAUUAACAUCCACGUCACGAUGUCUAAAUAAUAAAUAAAUUGAAGAGAAUUUGAAACUGAUCAACCUCAAGCUGUCCGUAUAUUGUUAAAUCCAAAGAAACUUCUUAAGAUUAUGUAAUUAUAAACUUUUUAAAGCUACGCUUCUGUAUUGAUUUACAUUCAAAAAAAUGUUCUUUAUUUAUUUAUUUAAUACACUAAUUAUAAUAAUAUUUUAAAUAUUAAUAUAAUAUUAAUUAUUAAUUAUAUUAAUAUUCUACUAUCAAUUAA